GGUAAUGCCCCCUAAGGACUUGUAUCUUUGAACCAAAAGUUCAAAUCUUUCCUAUGUUUGGCCAAAUCAACACCACCACCCAAACCAUCAAAGCUUUGAAUUGUGCCAUUUCUCUCUCUCUCUCUCUCUCUCUUUUCCUAAUACACACAGAUAUAGAGAGAUAAAGAGGAAGGGAAAGGGAAAGAAAGAGAAAGAGAGAGAGGUCAUGAUCAAGGUCUGGUUUUUCCCACCAAGGUCUUGAUCUGUCUCGUCAUCACCAAAUCCAUUUUGAUCUCAAUCUUUUCCAAUUCCAAUCAACGCCCACUUUGAUUUUCACAAUUAUAUAACCAAGAACCCAUCAAUAUUUUUAGUAUUUUGAUUUGGGUUUUCAUUUUUCUUUUCUUUCUUUUUCGUUUCUUUCCUUGGCUAGAUGUUAUAAUGGCUUCGCGACCAUUCAGGCAUUUCGUUGAACAAGAAUUGGGCAAAUUCCCACACUUUGUGAUAUAUGCAAUUCUUGAAUGGAUACUGAUAAUUUUUCUAUUCAUUGAUGGCUUUCUUGCUUUUAUUUCCAAUGAAUUCGCCAAGGUCUUUGAAUUAAAGAUUCCCUGUUUGCUCUGCACGAGGAUUGACCACAUUCUUGUCCACAAAAACUCUAAUUCUUGCUACAAUGACUCCAUUUGUGAGAUUCACAAGAGGGAUAUCUCGUCCCUCGCCUACUGUCACGUGCACCGGAAGCUCUCUGACAUCCGAGGAAUGUGUGAGGGGUGCCUCCUCUCAUUUGCAACCGAGAAAGAAUCUGAUACAGACACCUACAAGUCCCUAGCUGGGGUUCUACACAAGGAUAUAGAUAAUUUUGCUGAGGAUGAUCAGAGGGUUGGUUUGAAAUAUCAAGCAGGAAAGAGAGAUGAUGUGGUGAGAGUUGAGAAGAGUGAAUUUCAACCAUGUUCUUGUUGUGGAGAGGCCUUGAAGAUGAGGCCUUCUUCGAAGACUAUGACUCGGAGUUCUUCAAUCAAUGCAAGGCUUCUUUCACAAGUGCCUGCACCAUCUCCACGUGCACCGAUGGUGACAUGGAAGAACGAGGACUCGCGCAACUUGGAGUUGCCUCAUAUUCGUUUAAUGGCGCUCAAGUUUAUGUCGGAAAAUGAAUCAGAGCUUCCAGAGGAUGAGUUUGGCUCUAAUCUAGAUCAAUCUUGUAGAGAAGGCAACAAAAAUGAAGAUAUAAUUGAAGAACCUAAGACCCCAAGUUUCAUGAGAGGAAACAGAUUUUUUGGAAUCCCACUUACAGAUUCAGCAUCAGCCAGUCCUAGGUUUGCUUCAAGGCUUACUAAGAAGCUGCAACUCGAGAAGUCAGAGUUCUUUUCAGAGCCUAAUGACAUGAACGCCAUGAACGAAGCAGAAGGUGACUCAAUCUUGCAUCGAUUGAAGAGACAAGUUCGAUUGGAUCACAAGUCACUGAUAGCAUUGUACAUGGAAUUGGACGAAGAACGAGCUGCUUCUGCUGUUGCAGCAAACAACGCGAUGGCCAUGAUCACGCGGUUGCAAGCAGAGAAAGCUUCCGUUCAAAUGGAAGCGUUGCAGUAUCAGAGGAUGAUGGAGGAGCAAGCUGAGUACGAUCAAGAAGCACUUCAAGUGCUGAAGGAUUCGCUUGUCAAGAGAGAGGACGAGAUUAAGGUUUUAGAGGCUGAACUCGAGACCUAUAGAGAAAAAUAUGGUUACAUAAAUAGAGUGAGUAGUGAUGAGUGUGAUGUUGAUGCUGAUGAAGAUUACCAAGUGUUCAAAUCGCAAUCUUUCUCAUCUGUGAGCGAGAAGUCUGAUCGUGGUGUGGAUCAUGAUGGAGAAAACAAGCAUAAUCUUACACCUUCCAGGCUUUUUCAAGAAGAAAGCGGAGAGAGGAGCCUUGAUGAAUCAUCCCUAGAUUUUGAAGGCGAGAGGGAUUAUCUUUUGGGUAUGUUGAAAAACUUGGAGGAGAAAAUCAAUGAGUCGCCUGGCUCUGACACGGUAAAUCAUGAAGAUGAACAUACAGGGAGUGAAAAUAAGGCGAUCCUUACGAGAGAAGUGUCGCUUAUAAGGAAGAGACUGAGAGCAAUCGAAGCAGAUAGUGGUUUCUUAAAGCAUGCGGCUACGACACUCCAGAAGGGCGAUGAAGGAACGAAGCUUUUAACAGAGAUAGCUCUUCAUCUCCGGAAGAUUAGACACUCGUUGAAACUGCCCUCGGAGGAUAUAGAUGCAUGACUCUCUGUCCUAAUUUCUUUGAAGGUACUUGCCAUUGUUGUGUUGUGCUUCUCACAAUUGUUGUAACUUAAUCUAAGAGGCAGAUAACAGAUGAUGUAGUUAGGCAUUUUGUGAUUUUGUUUACAUCACAUACAAUUUGCAUAUAUAAGGCUAAAAAAAAUUGAAAUGUCUUAGUAGUAUGUGAGAAAUCAAAUAAUCAAUACAUUUUGAUGUUCAGUAAUUGCCCUUAUCAUCUCUCUCGAG